GGGACCUCAUCACUUUCUACAACUACCCGAAAGGAGGUUGUAGUGAGAUGGGGACUGGUCUUUUCUACCGUGCUUGCAGUGAAAGGGUUAGAGGAAAUGGCCUACAGCUGAGACAGGGGAAAUUCAGAUUAAAUAUUAGAAUUUUUUUUUUUCACUGUUAAGGUGCUCAGGCUUUGGAAUAGAUUGCCCAGGGAGGUGGUGGAGUCAUCAUCCCUGGAGGUGCUUAAAAGGCAUCUGGAUCUGGCACUGGGUGAUGGGACUUAGUGGUUUAGAGUUUACAGUGGAAGUGUCAGGUUGAUGAUUGGACUUGAUGAUGUUAAAGGUCUUUUCCAACCUUGAUGAUUUUAGUGUCCUAUGAUUGUGUUGGUGUGUGCCCACCAGCACCAUGCAAUGGCACUGGAUGAGAAGUGUGGUAGUACUGGCAAUGGAAUAGUCAACCAAGUAAUGGUUGUCACAGCAAAACUACAUCCUCUGCAUGUUAGGGUAUCACAGAUAUCUGUAAAAUAUAUAUUAGUCACUGAGAGGUGAGCACUUGCAGAAUAAGGAAGAGCUAAACUUGUCCUCAGGAUCCUAACAGAAAAUUAUGCUUAAAGCCUUGUAGCAAAAGGGGAACAUGGAUUUUAAUUCUUCUAUAACUCCCUGGCUUGGGAUAGCCAGGAGGUCUUGUCUGUCAUGAUCCAAAAGAAAAAUCACUGAAGGACUCUUCUCAACUCUAGUAAAACCCCUCCUGGAGUCCUGAGUCCAGCUCUGGGGUUCUCAGCACAGAAAACACAUAAACCCAUUGGAGCAGGUCCAGAGGAAGGCCAUGAAAUGAUCAGAGGGGUGAAGGCCUCUCCUGUUAAGAAAGGCUGAGGGAACUGGGCUUGUUCAGCCUGAAGAAAGCUCUGAGGAGACCUUAUUGUGGCCUUUCAAUACUUUUAAGCAGGCUCAUAAAAAAAGAUGUAGACAGACUUCUUUUCAGUAGGGCUUGUAGUGAUAGGAAAAAGGGUAAUGGUUUUAAACUAAAGGAGGGUAGAUUUAAAGUAGAUAUAACGAAGAAAUCUUUUGCAAUAAGUGUGGUGAAACACUGGGGCAGGUUGCCCAGAGAAGUGGCAGAUGCCCCAUCCCUGGAAACACUCAAGCUAUUGGAUGGGGCUCUGAGCAACAUGAUCUAGUUGAAAAAUGCCCCUGCUCAUUAGAGGGGGGUUGGACUAGAUGAUCUUUAAAGGUUCCUUCCAACCCAAACUAUUCUACUAUCUGGGUGCAAAGCCGUUCUCUUGGCCAUGGAGUCUAUGUAAGCAGUGCCCUGCAGAGAACUGUUUGAAUCCUGUCUGUGUAGCUAAUCCCAGCUAUACUUGUCCCAGUGUCUAAUAUUAUGAGUGGAUGUAGGGGAUGUCAGGGAGCAACAAGCUGCAGAGGGAGCACAGUACAUCAAUAGUCUGCCUGAGGCUUUCAGGGCAGGCACACAGUGCUACUGUGUAGUUAGUAACAGCAGCUGCAUGGAGCAAACAAGUGGAGAGCGUAUCACUUGCAAGCUGUUUUUGUUCGAUUUCAUAGGGUCAGGUGCUAUCACCUGAUCUUGUACAAGUCUGUGCCUGUGACAUGUCCUUGCCUGAAACUCACACUAAUGAAUCCUGAGUACAGGAUGACUCUAGGGUUUACAUUUGGAAUGAGAAGUAGAAAUAAAAUUAUUACUGAAAUGCUUUUUAAUUUUUAAGUUUUACUUCCAGCUUUAAAAGUGUCAAACAAAGCUCUGGAGAGACAGGAGGUGUGCUAUUUUCAGCCACCCUCCUGUGAGAGAUCCAUCGUGUAUGCGGGGGGGGGGGGGCACAGAGGGUGAGAUUGACAUGACACGUGUGUAGGACAACUCUGGCCCCUUACCAAGAGCAGAAUCAAAUGUCUAAUCAUAGGCAGAGCAGCAGCUGAGAGUCCAGAAGAGCAGUGAAGGCUGGGCUUGACAGUCUCAACUGUCUUGUGUGUGUGUGAACUUCAGGGAGAAAGUGAGCAGAGGGCCUUUUGGGGGACUGGAGAGUGGUGUUGUGAAUUGUGAAGAUGGGAAUAGAAGAUACUGCCUGUUAAGAACUGGAAUCUGUUUUGAAGUUGGGAAGACAAAAUAUCUAAAGCAUAGAAAUCAUGGGAGCUGAAGAAGAAAUGCUCAUCACUCUGUCUGGAGGUGCCCCCUGGGGCUUCCGCCUGCAAGGGGGUUCAGAGCAGAAAAGACCCCUUCAAGUGUCAAAGAUCCGAAAGAGAAGCAAAGCAUGCCGUGGAGGCCUGUGGGAAAAUGAUGUGAUAGUAUCUAUCAAUGGGAAGUCAUGUGCUGGCCUUUCCCAUGCUAAUGCCAUGCAGAUCAUCGAUUCUUCCAACGGCAUGCUCAACAUCCGUGUGAAAAGGAUAGUUGGCGGGGACCAGACUGGCCCACGGUCCCAGCGUUCCCCUUCUCCAGGGCAGCGAGUGCUCUCCCCCCCAUCCCUGCUCAGCCCCCCAGCACAGUCACUCAGCUCUGAACCAGCAGGAGCCCCGGCCACCACACAGCCCUCGCAGCCACGGAGGUCACAGAGGCACCUGGAGAGCCUCACCUCCCCCCCAGACAGUGAGGCCUACUAUGGGGAGACGGACAGCGAUGCCGACAACGUGGCCCAGGAGAAGCACCGCCGGGCUCGCAAGAAGAGCCCACGCUCCCCACCUGACAGCACCGCCAGCAAGGCGGAUGAACCUCCGGAUGAGGUGUCCCUGUCUGAACAGAGCGGCUACGAGAGCAUGCCAGAGGCUGCUGUGCAGGGGGGAGCAGAGGUGCCCAGCUCCAGCGGGGUGGCCAAGAGGGAGAUUGUCUGCCUGCCUGGCAGCCGCACAGACACUCCAUUCUCAGACAGCGAGGGACAGCUGCGGCCACCAUCAACAGAGGGACGGGAGCCUUCUCCAGAGGCAAUGCUCCUGCCCCAUGCCACCAAGGCUAUCCGAGCGGAACGCCAUCUCAUCCCUAUGGUGGGGCCAGUGGAACAUCCGAUUGAUGAAGACCUAACCACCACAUAUACAGAGAAAGCCAAGCAGGCCAACUGGGACAACACUUACCUAGACAUUGAGAAGUCCAAGUCUGACACUGAACAGAAGGAAGAGAAGCAAAAAGGUUUGAGUGAAGCCUCAGGUAAAGGAGCACGAUUGUUUGAGCAGCAGAGGGAACGGGCUGGGAAGUACACAGUUGAGAAAGCUCCAGUGCAGAAGAGCCCCCAGCUUGACCCAGCUGCCCAGCCAAAGCAGGGCACAGUGAACGGAGAUAUGCCUGUGCCAGAGGAGAAGGCAGACAGCAUGCCCCUCAGCAUCCACCUGGAAAGUGUGCAAGUGCCCAGCAAGCAGCCAGCCACCCUCCCUACUGAGAUUCAGGCUGCUCCUAGCCCCACUUUCUUCCCACCUCCCCCGAGCACCCCCGACCCUUUCUCUGCAAGCUCAACAAGCAUGUUCAACAGGUCUGCACGGCCCUUUACUCCUGGCUUUUCUGGCCAACGCCCAGCAACUUCCUCUGUCAUCUUUAGGCCAUCUGCACCCAAAAAACCCAGUGAAAAUCUGAGUGGGCAAACCACAGUGGUUUCCCCUUUCUCAUUUCCGGCUCCUGCCAACGCACCAGUGCCAACACACCGUGGUGCAGUCAGCUCCUCCACAUCUCUGUAUAUCCCUGCACCAGGAAGGCCAACAUCACCACUGGAGUCACAGCCAAAAGGAGGAAUUUCUCCAGAAACUAAGCCUUCUGCCAACACUGCUCGGACAUCCACCACUUCUAUCUUUCUGUCAACUCCCUCAAAGCCAGGAGGGGAUGUGGCCUCUGCAGCAUCCCAGCCACAAGUCCAUGGAACAGCCUCUUCUUCUUUGUAUAUUAGUCCAGCACCAUCACAGCACAUGAGAAGCAGUUCCCCUGUGCCAAAGCAGCCUUCUCCUGCCAUCACUCCAGCAACGCCACGACCUCCUUCGGAGCCCUUAACCUCCAGGGAGCAGAGGAUUGCUGUGCCAGCUCCCCGCACAGGCAUCCUGCAGGAGGCUCGCCGGCGGGGCAACAAGAAACCCAUGUUCAGUAAGAUUGAGGAGAAGAAGAAGAAUUCACCCAAUCCUGAGCUCCUGUCUCUGGUGCAGAACCUGGAUGAGAAGCCGAAAGGUGACCACCCCGGGGCAGGCUUCGAGUCUGGGCCUGAGGAAGACUUCCUCAGCCUGGGUGCUGAGGCCUGCAACUUCAUGCAGUCCUCGGGCCGUAAGUUCAAGACCCCACCUCCAGUGGCUCCUAAGCCAGAUGCUGGACUGGUAAAUGGGGCCCAGGACAUGCCUCAGCUUAAAGGCAAGGGGGCAGAGCUCUUUGCCAAACGCCAGAGCCGCAUGGACAAAUAUGUGGUGGAGACAACACCGAAGCCGGACCCCAAGCCCAGGACCCCCUCUCCUUCCCCUUCUCUACCCUCAUCCUGGAAAUAUUCACCCAACAUCCGGGCUCCCCCUCCAAUAGCUUACAACCCAAUGCAUUCCCCUUUCUAUCCCCUGGCAGCCAGCAAAUCUCAGGCUAGCAAAGCAGAGAGCAAAGUGAAAAAGGCACCUGGCCAGAAAUCAGGGAUCAAGGUCAUUGAUAUAAUGCGCCACCAGCCCUAUCAAUUAAAGUCAGCCAUGUUCUGUUUUGGGGAUCCCCCAAGCUCCAGCACUCAGAAUUCUGGUCAGCCAGCCCCACAGGCUAGCUCAUCCUUCAUGGCAGCCAAGCAGGUGCCCGUGAAAACAGCCAAGACCCAGGAGAUUCGUCGCUUCUCCACUCCGGCUCCCAUGCCAGCCUCUAGCAGCCUGGCACCUACCGUGCUUAUGCCCCGCUCAGCAACCACGCUGGAUGAGCCAUUGUGGAGAACAGAAAUGGCCUCUUCUGCCCCUGCUACACCAGCACCCUUCAAGGUGGAGCUCAGCCAGUCCCCAAAACCAUAUCAGAGCUCCCCAGAGCCUGGUCAGGUGGGCCAGGGGCCUUCUCCAAAUCCAGCCUCUGCCUCUCGGUUUCAGGUGGCCAGGCCCAAAUUCUCAGCAGCAAGAACAGGGAUGCAGGCCAAUGUGUGGAGGCCAAGUUUUGGCCACCAUUGAGGCAGGUACCCCUCCCAUCCCGUCUGUGGCCCCGCAGAGAUAGUGCUUGUUUUGUCUUUCCUGUCAGCUCAGUACAUUGGGAUGAGUGACACAAAACGAAGAAAAAAAACCAAACCAAAUUACUCCCCUUCUGCACCACCCUCUCCCCCAACCUCCCCUUGGUCUCAGAUGGGAAACUUCAUGGAAAGGCUUACUGGCUGUGGAUAUAGUAGGAGGAAGAAUGUGGAGAAAGGGUACAUGUGUGGUAUACAGAGACUGGGAACUUGUACACAGCAGCAAAACCCACCUCUGGAGGGGGUGAAUGACAGGGGUUGUAUCACAUGAGGACACACAGGAGGCAGUGGUUUUCCUUUCCCAAGGGCUUUGGAGUCACCCCUGAAUGGAGGGAAACCAGGGGGCAACAGCUUUCCCAAGAAGAAAGGGUGAGAGGUGGAAUUACGGAACAGAAGUCCUUUCCCGUUAGACUGCUCCUCUCUGAGCUUGUCAGUCUGUACACAUGCACCUGUGUGCACACACAUGUACACAGCAACACUCAGCAGGAAGUGAAAGUAAAAGUGGGGCUUCACCUUAGACACUUCUCCCAGACUUCCAUCUGGAAGGGCAUGGGAAAGAAGGCAAGAGAGCAGAGUGAGCGGUGGUGUUUGCCCAUGCACAUGUGGGCAGUGUGCCCUGUGCAGGAGAGUGGCCGUGUGUGCCCCAUUCCUCCAGUCAGCAGGGCUGGGGGUAAAAGGGAGAGUCGUCCCAGCUGAUACAAAACAUGACUUAGGUCUGGAAGCGGUUUGCCAAAAAGGGCCUUUGAGUGGACUUGGUGGGGCUAUCACCAGCUGUGGAAACUGGAAAAGGGAGUAUCAAUUUCUAAGGAUACACAAAAUCAAAGCUAAGCUCAGGCAGUGGCUGGUUGGCACAAAGAAAGGCUCUGCAGCAUUAGUCCCACUGGAACAGGAUGUGGAUGCUGUAAGUACAAAGGUGGAUUGCAUGGGAGAAGGUACAGUUGACUUUAAAAGGAGGCAGGAUUGAAAAUGCAUUUGCAUAUGAUCUUUUUUUUUAUUUAGGAUGGAAGUGUGGCUAGAUUAGAAAUGGGUCAUGGCAUAAUGCUUGCUGAAAACUUUGUGAUGAGCUGGAAAACAGAGGCCCUUUACAGACAUUCUCAGUGUGGAAGUGGAGGUCAGGAAAACAGAAAGUCACAAGUAAAAUUUCAUACUAAAUGAUUUAGGUAUCCUUGGGGUCUAUUUGGUAAAAACUGAAGUGCUCUGAGAAUCCCAGAAGAUCUGCACUCAUAUACACAUACAGAGCUCAGUUUGCUGGUGAUACUGGGGAAAGAGUAAUGGUUAUUCCCUGAAUGUCCCAGGCUAGCCUCCGACUUAAUCUCUACACUAAAGGCAUAGAUGAAGAAAGCAUUCCAUUUCCCAAGGAAGAAUUCAACAUAUUAAUAGGGACUGUGCAUGUGUAUGUGCAUGUCAUCCGUACUCUGGUUUACACACACCCCUGCCAUUUACUUUCUGCCUGUGUUCCUCCUUUUCCACCAACCACUUUUACAGUGCGAUCCCACAAGUACACCAAGAAAGCAUUGCUCCUGAAGCACUGGGUCCAAACACAGCAGAUGCCCCAGCUGCAGGGAAGGGGCUUGCCACCUCUUCUUGGGUCAGGGUUGCCCAGCCUUUUGCUAAACCCUUAGGAAUAUCUAUGGGAGGCAGAAUGAGUCUCAUAGACCCACUUGAGACAAGUGUCCAUCUUGUCCACAAAACUCACUCCUCCCCUUCAAGCAGUAGCUGUUCUCUGACUGGACUGUGCACAAACUUUGGCUAUACAAAACUGUAGGUUCUAGGGAGAAAAAAAGGAGUGCAAGUGGGGCUGAUGCAGUCUAUAAGCAGUGAAGCUAGUAUGGUUUCACACUAAGCCUGAGCCAACCUUCCUCUGCACGGCAGGAGCUUAUGAUGUGUAGUUGGGUAUAGCUGGGUCUAUACUUUUCCUUGGAGGCUCUAAAGUCCUUCUGUGUGAGCACCUUGAGAUUUUUCAUAUGUGCUCUCCCACAAAGAAAAAGAACAGUGGAGAACCUAGCUAGCAGCUCUAAUCCUGGACAAGCUUGGGAGGGAGAGAAUGAGAGAAAAGGAGAAGUAAUACACAAUCCUGCCUUUGAAUCCUUCACUCUGGCCGGACUUGUUCUGCAGGCCUGUGUUUGCAGUGCACAUUCCUGGGGGCCCUGAAACAUAGGAUGAGCAUGCUGGGGAGAGAGGAGGACAGCACUUACACUUGGCACACUAUCAGCCAUGGAAGAGGAUCAUCAGAAAACCUUUGGGAACACCUUGAGUUGAUGGACAAAGGUGUGGCUGAGUCAGAAUAGGUGCUGCGCCUGAUUGUAUGACACAGGAGCAGCCAAGCUGAAUUGCUGAGGGGAUUGUUUGUGUCCCUGGAAAGCUCCAGAGAGGAUGUCUCAGGAGAAAUCCUCACCACGGAGUUAAUUCAGAUCACCAGAAUCCACUUAGCUCCAGUGAAGGAGAGCAGCCAUGCUACAGAACUUAUCUUGGAUAUUGCUUUCUCACUCAUCCUGUACUGCAUUGCAUUGCCAGCAUUUCUGGAAAAAAACAUUCUGUGUGCUAAAGUAAACUGAAUAUCUGUGUUUCUUCCCAAACAUGGAAGGAGGAAUCUUCUAUUUUAUCUAGGAAAGCUGUGGGAAGGAACUCAAGGACUAGCAGUGCUCCAAAAGCUUUGUCUCUCAUCUCCUUGUGGAGUGUUGUCUGUCACUGGCUAGUGGUUUAAGCCACUAGCCUUAGACAGACAAGCCAGCCCAGGCUGAAAGCAUUACUGAACUCAGGUGUAGAGAGGGGUUGUGUGGACCAGAGAAAGGGUGCUCAAGAUAAUUCCGCAGUGAAGAAGUAACCUCAGAAAGUCUGAAUCUUACUCCAGUGUCCCUUUCCCUGAGGUCCCUAAAGUUAACCGCUCUCAGGGCCUGAGUGUCUCAGGAAAUUCAUUUCGCCACUGGAAAAAUAGAGAUGUCUGGCCUUAGUAUGUAAGGGAGAUUGCAUGUGGUUAGUAUUUCAGUGAUCCCACUCCAGCUUUCUGGGAGAUAAUGAUACCUGCCAAGGUGUGAUGGCCAAACACUGCUCAGUGUUAGAUGUCAUGACCCAAGUGAGUGGAAUAAACUGCACUUGCCCCAUCAUUUCUGAUAAUGUAAUGGGCAGGAGAUGAAAAAAAAGGUAGGUUUGAUUGGAAAAUGAAUAUUAAACAUAAGAGGAAGAGAAAGAAUCAGAAGGCUGGGAAUCCUGCAUUUUACUUAUAUCCUUGGUUCAAAGCUAUCUUUAGAAGCAAAUCCAAAGUAGUGUAAUGGAUCUCAGCCCUUUACAAACUUUUCUGGAUCCUAUGCUGACACAGGACAUGAUCUGCAGAAGCAGAGGGUGUUGCAGAUGAGGCCUACACUGCUUGUGGUGUAUCCCAAAGAAGGCCUGUAGCUGCAAGUAGGAUGAGAUGAGAAAUAAUACUGAAAUGCAUCUGUUAAGUUGUAAGGAAGAAACCUGAACUACUGCUGGCUUUAAGCAGCUCUGCUAGUGUCUGCUCUUGAAAAUAUUGUGGCUAGCCUGUUAGAAAGGUCACAGGUGAUAUUACAAGGAAUACUUUUGAAGCAUAUAAGCUUGUUUUAAGCCUCUCCAAAUGUCUAAUUCCUCAGCUGUUAAACAAGCACAGACAAAACCAGUUCUUUAACAAGUUUUAUGUCCCACGUGCUAAGUUAUAAGCUGCAGUGGUAGGCCAAACCUCAGUGUCCCCUUUGAAGAUGUCUGCAUGGGCUCUGAUUUAAAACUGCCUAUCAUCCCUCCUCUCUAUCAUGCUGCAGGUUACACAUUGCAGCUCUGGCAGUUCUGGGGUUUUAUCUUUGCUUCAGAAGUAACAGUCCUUUCCCUCUGGAUUUAUGGGAACACUUACCAGAGAUAACCUCAAGAUCCUGCAGCAGCUGAGAGGAAGAAUCUCAGAAGAGACUGUGUGUGAUGAGGAGUCACUGAUCAACAGACGUGAGCACAGUGCACGGCAAGAUUGUCCCUUAUAAAGAAUAUGCUCCCUUUCUGCUAUAAUAUCCAGCACCCCCUAUCAGACCCAUCUAGAUCCUAGAAGAGACCCAUCAGUACUCUGAAGAUGGGAGCCCUGCAUUAGUGCUCUGUCUGGUGCAAGAUGUGACCCCAGAAGACCAGAGUUGGCAUCUUUGUUUAUGGAAAUCCUGUUUUUCCUUUUCUGUUUUGUCCUUUUUUUUUCCAAUCUAAAAUCACUUUCUAUUUGUUUGUGCAGAAAAAUAAACUUGUGAUAUGCACUUUA